AUGCUUCUCUCACCCAACGCCUCUAUAAAGGCGGCCCAUGAGGAGGCCGACCUCGCCGAGGACGUUGAUGAACCUCCCGAUCACCUCUCCCACGCCACCCCGACAAACUCCGAUCAGAUUCGCCUCACACGGCCAGGCGUUGACCGCAAGGAAUCUCUACUUACACGCGCCCUGAAGAGCAGUCCCGAAAUGUCACCGACUGAUCAACACACCUCCUUCCACGACUCUUAUAUGUACCGAUCUUACCCACACAGCAACAUCUCUGGCCUUUCGACGGCAGAGCUGACCAGCGACGGCGGUCUCACAAGUCCAUCUCUGUCCAACACCCCCAGCCCACCUCUUCCCUCGAUGAUGAGCAAGGCAGCGUUGAUGGGCAAGAAGGAUGUCACCCCGAAGUUGAAGGUUGUCGAAGCCGGUGAAAACACCGUUGAAGCCAACCUCGGCCGCAAGCGAUGCAUUAGCUUCGCAUGUGGUCGCAAGACUGAUGACAAGCAACCCUUGCCUCCAGUGUCUCCUUCCGGGUCACAGACUCUUCCACCAAAGGCUCCAGCUUCAAAAACCGAGACGGAGGAAACCCCUAUUCAGCCUCUUCAACGUAAGACUACUCUGACUUUUGUGUGCCCUGGCCGUGAAUCUACUCCUCAGAGAGAGCGAUCUCCCGCCCGAAAGACAUCUUUCCGUUCAAGGUGCCGCGGUUCUCCAGCACCUGCCCUUCGCAAACCGUCCCCGGAUGCGAAGACCACACCCAAGAAGACCCUCGAGGAUGACACCCCUGCGUCCAUGACUCGCAAGGGAAUCCCCACAAGUGGUCUGGGCAAGUUCGAGGAGUCUGAGGCUACUCGGUUCCACGAGUUUGCUAGCUCCAUGGACGAAGACGACGAGUGGGUCAACAAGGAGGCCGACUACACGGAAAAGAUUACUUUGAACGACUGCAUGAAGAAGGAAAUGGCAAUUCGACGACUCGGCGAGCAGGCGGAAGAAGAGGCAUUGGAUGAAGAGGACGAUGAUGUGGAAGACCUCGCGGACGACGAUUCGACUGUUCACGAUUUUUCCUCCGACGAUGGCAACGAAUCAGACAACGAGGCUGGCUUUGCUGAGUCGGAUGAGAGUGAUGAUGAGGGAUCAGACUAUGAAUUCUGGGCCCCAUCAUUGGCUGCCGCCGAGCCCACAAGCCAGCCAAUUGAAACCCGUCCCGCCAUGGAACGCCGCGUCUCGAACACUUCCUUCGACUCGAUGGACGAGCAUUCAAGCUGGCUCCCAGCGCCAGUCAAAAUGAGCUUCCGUCGCUCUUCGAAAACAUCGACAAGCAUCAGGAUCCGCCCUCGCACCCCCAACCUCCCGGACAGUACCGACUUUGUUUGUGGAACCCUCGAUGAGGACCGCCCUCUUGAAGCUGCUUAUAAAUCAUGUCUGGAGCAAAGACGUCUCCAAAAGCAAAUUCCCAUUCCGCAGGAUAUCGACCCCAGCUUUCCCACCAGCGACCCGGAGGACGAGGAAGACCAAGAACCAUCUGAAGAUGAGCUUUCUGAUAUUCCUUCGGAACCAAGCCGCGGACGUGCCGAAGGCGAUGCUCGCAAGCACUCCCCUCGACACUCCCCCAAACGCUUUGUGUCACCUCCCCCACGCCGGGCUGGGCGCACCUCUCCCAAACGUCUCAAGUCUCCUCCCCCACGCAUGCGAGCCAAGUCACCGGUCCCCGCUAAAUGGCAGUUCACUGAAGAGAUGCCUCUUGUUGAGUCUCCUGAAGGUCUGAACAUCAGCCACUUGGUUCAGCGUCGGCCGUUGGUUCGCACCAAAUCUCUUCCCCGGACACCCAACCCCUUCUUCACCGGCCUUGACAAGGAUCACCGCUGGAAAAGCAUCCCCGCUUUAUCGGAAUCACCAGAGCGUGAGCACUCACGAACCCGUGAGUUGCACACCCGAGGUCCUGUCGACAUUGUCGAAGGACUCGAAAAGAAGCGCCAGAAACGCAAAGAAAAAUUCUGGCGUCAACACUGCCGCAAAGCUGCCAAAGAGCAGUUAGGCAAACGGCCUAUCCCUGGCCAUGGAGCUACUCGGAUGAAGGAGCUUGGCCUCGAAGUUGCUGAGAGGUGCAGAGCUUAUGGCGUCGGUCAAGACGCCCAGCUCGUCCUAUCCGUUUAG